AUCUAAGAGAUGUUGAUAUAGGAACUAUCCUCGAAAUUUUAACCGAGGGUAAUGUUUUUCUCUUAGAGGAGCUUUCUUCCCAAGUAGUACAAUACCUACAUUCUGAUAUUAAUAGGUUCAUAGAAAAAGAUAUGGUGACAUUGGUUGAAUUUAUAAUUGAUCAUGAUAUAUUCAAACUAAAGUUUGAAUCUUUAUUUUAUGAUAUUGUUAAAGAUAUCAAGAUAUUGGUAUUUGAUACAAAUGAAAUGUUUAAUACUGAAACUCUGGAAUAUCUAAUACGACACGAUGAACUUGGUGUAACAGAGG